UUUAGCAGGGUAGACUGAGUUUUUUUUCUGCGAUUUGCACAGCUGCGGAGAAGUUGUUUAGAAAGUUUAUUUUUAAAAUAAAAUCAGCAAAGUUUGCACAUCGCGCCAGAUUUCUUUGUAUUCAGAACAAGGUUCACUGUGAAAAAUCCUUUCACUGAAGAAAUAAUAAAUAUUCAACAGUUAAGUUGGCACUAGGUGAUGAUCUCACUAAGGUGUUAGAUUUGGUUGUCCUGCUCUGUAUUUAUUAAGCCCUUGAUAGAAUAAAAAUGUUCAGACCAGGAGAAACAGUGAAGCGACGACUUAAUGUACACACUGCUGCCCGGGUGAGAAGUGUAGAAGUUGCCAGAGGAAGAGCAGGAUAUGGAUUCACCCUUUCUGGUCAGGCACCCUGUCUUCUGAAUUGCAUUUUGAAAGGAAGUCCUGCAGACUAUGUUGGACUUAGAGCUGGAGAUCAGAUCCUGUGUGUCAAUAAAAUCAAUGUGUCGAAAGCAUCACAAGAAGAUGUUGUGAAGUUAAUUGGAAGGUGCACUGGGGUGUUACACAUGGUAAUUGCAGAAAGCAGCAAUCACAUGGACUCCUGUUCAAGUGAUGAAGAACUCGGUUUCCAUGAAACAAAAAACUGGGUAAAGCCUAAGAUUGACUCAAAAACUUUGGGGAUAAACAGAGCUGAAAGAGUUGUGGCUGAAAUGCAGUCUGGGGGAAUUUUUAACAUGAUUUUCGAAAACUCAAGUCAUUCUUCUAGUAGCUCUGGGAAGUCUGCCACAAAACCAAGACCGUUGUCAGAACCUGACUUUAAUUACAGAAACAGAUGCGGAAGUGUCAAGAGCAACCCAGACUUGCUUUCUGAGGAAGAGAUGGCAAAAGUGCUGAACGACGAUUCAGUAUUUGCUGACAUGUUUGAAAAUCAGGAUGAUUUUGGAUUAGAUGCAAGCAUUCUAAAUGUAGGAAUGAUUGUCGGAUAUCUAGGUUCAAUUGAACUGGCUUCGACAAGUGCGAACCUUGAGAAUGACAGCUUGCAAGCAAUCCGCGGCUGCAUGAGGCGCUUGCGGGCUGAACAGAAGAUCCAUUCACUGGUCAUGAUGAAGAUAAUGCAUGACUGCAUUCAGCUUUGCAAUGACAAAAGUUCUGUUAUUGCUGUGUACCCUGCUGAGAAACUCGCAUUCAGCGCUGUAUGUCCUGAUGAUAGAAGGUUCUUUGGACUCGUUACCAUGCAAGUUACGGAUGACCAAAGUUUAGCAAAACAGCAGGAAAGUGGACUGAGGACAUCAUGUCACGUCUUUAUGGUGGAUCCAGAACUCUGUCAUCAUAAAAUUCACCAGGGCAUAGCAAGGCGCUUUAAUUUUGAAUGCACGCCUGACCCAGAUAUAAACGGUUGCUUGGAGUUCCCCACAACUUCUCAGCCUGUCCUACAGUUUGUCUCUGUGCUCUACCGUGAUAUGGGGGAGUCUAUUGAAGGGAUGCGGGCAAGAGCAUUUUUAGAUGGAGAUAACGAUGCCCAGCAGAAUAACAGUACCAGCAGCAACAGUGACAGUGGGAUUGGAAAUUUUCAGCAAGAGGAGAAAAACAACCGAGUUCUUUUGGUUGACUUAGGAAGCAACCCAAGUAGACCUGUCCCUAAUAGCCUGUGGGAAAACCCGCAGGCACGGAAUCCAAACCAGGCCAUGUCAUCACACUGGAACGGCUAUCGUUACGACCAAGAAGGAGCAAAAUAUAAUUUAUCUGAGCUGUCACAUCCUGAUGCCUCUCACAACUCCGGCAGGCAUCUAGGUCCCUCUGCUCGGAUCGAGGUCCCAGUCACUUCCUCCAGACCUAAUUAUCCCCAGGUUAAAAAAGCAGGCACAGUGGGCGCUGUCCAAUCUGGCAGUCAGCGUUGGCUUCCUGUUCAUGUUCUACGAGAUUGGCAGCAAGGCCACAGCAGCGAUCAGGAGUCCUAUGCAGAAUCUACGGAUGGCUGGUCAAGUGCUAACUGCAGUACACUGCCUCCUCCGAUGAGCAAAAUACCAGCUGACAGGUACAGGGUUGCCGGGGAAAUCGUCCAACCCUCUAAACUAAUUACUCAGAAAGAUGAGUGGGCCAAAAAGUUGUUUGGAGCAGAGAAAACACAAAAAAAGAGCUCAAAGUUCCGUGGAAUCUUGGUGGGUUUUCCUCAUGUCACCCAGCGGUCCUCUGGCAGACGAUCCUAUGGAAGAUCAAAGCGUUUAAGUCUUGCCCGGUCUUUGGAUGAUUUGGAGUCUGCUGCUGUCUCUGAUGGUGAGUUAAACAGUGUAGAUCUGAAGGGCUGUGGCAGUGAGAACAGCCUGAACAGUAAUGCCAGUCUUCCAAGUGUACAGAGCUGUCCAAGACACACCGAGCGGCGGGUGGCAAGCUGGGCUGUGUCCUUUGAACGACUACUGCAAGACCCCGUUGGCGUUAGAUACUUCUCGGAGUUUCUUAAGAAGGAGUUCAGUGAAGAAAACAUCUUAUUCUGGCAGGCCUGUGAAAUCUUCAGCCAUGUUCCUGAAAAGGACAAGAAACAGCUUUCACAGAGAGCCAGGGAGAUCUACAAUAGCUUUUUGUCCAGCAAGGCAACCACCCCGGUUAACAUUGACAGUCAGGCUCAACUUGCUGAUGAUAUUCUCAAUGCUCCACGCCCAGAUAUGUUCAAAGUGCAGCAGCUUCAGAUCUUCAAUCUGAUGAAGUUUGACAGCUAUACCCGAUUUCUGAAGUCUCCACUCUACCAGGAAUGUAUGCUGGCAGAAGUGGAAGGUCGACCUUUGCCUGACCCCUACCUGGCUCCCAGCAGCCCUGCUUCUAAGCACAGUAUCGGCUCUGACCGAUCAAAUCUUUCCACGCCUAAAAAGUCAAGUACAAAAUCGAAGUCUGGGAGGUCAUUAAAUGAAGACAAUGGAGAAGAUCCUGCUGAUAACAAAAAGAAAGGAACCUUUUUCUCAUGGACUCGAAACAAGAGCUUUGGGAAGGGUACCAAGAAGAGAGAGAAUGGAUUUCUCGCUGGUAAUUAUUACUCAGAAAGCACCGUGCGGCGUGAAUCACAAGACUCCUCCUCUUCUGGUGCGAGCCUGGAACUGCACACUUCCACCUCCAUAAGCAAGAAUGAGUGUGAUGUUUCCCGAUUGUCCCUGCUGGUUCCUGAGAAGGAGAAGUCAUCAAAGCACUGUUAUAUAACCCUUCCAGAUGGCUCAGAUUGUGCGUUGCCUCUCUGCCCAGGAGUCUCCGUUAGGGAGCUGCUGUUAGGCCUCUGUGGAAAGCUCUGCAUUAACCUGGCAGCUGUAGAUCUCUUCUUAGUAGGUGGUGAAAAGCCUCUUGUAAUGGACCAAGACUGCAUGACCCUGAGUUCGAGAGAUUUAAGAUUAGAAAAACGCACUUUGUUCAGAUUGGACCUUGUACCUAUCAACCGCUCUGUUGGAUUAAAAGCCAAACCUACAAAACCAGUUGCAGAAGUUCUGCGACCUGUUGUGGCCAAGUAUGGCUUGCAUUUAAGUGACUUGGUAGCAACAAUUAGUGGAGAGAAAGAACCCCUGGACCUUGGUGCGCCCAUCUCAAGUCUAGAUGGACAGAGAGUUGUACUGGAUGUGGCCGAUCAGAGUACAGUGAAAGCCAAACAAAAAAGUUCUUUAAAACAAAGCCAUGCACCACCCUUGAGUACUAGAAGUUAUUCAACGGGAGAUGAAAAAACACCUGGAAAAUCCUCUUCUGUGAAAGCCAGAGGGGAAAGUGGAAAAGCUACCAGGGAGGCACAGCCUUUGAGAAAAGAAGAAUCUGUUGAUAAACUGGACAAAAGAAAACAGAAAAAAAAUAAUAUAGAUGAAGCCGAAGAGUUCUUCAAACUCCUGUCCAAAGCUCAGAACAACCGAGCAAACGACCAGCGAGGUUUGCUAAAGAAAGAAGACCUGGUCCUGCCUGACUUCCUUCGCCUGACACCUGAGCCCACUUCAUCCACCCCCUCAUCCCAUCAACCCGGCUACAGGAGAGGCAAAGAAAAUGAAGGGAAGGACAUGGCCGGCAGCUCCCUAAAUACGUCCCGCAAUUUAGAGGGACUAGACUCCACAUUGAACUAUAGUGAAGAUCGCAGUAACACUAAAACACUAUCUUCAAGUCAACACAGGUCAGCUUUGAUGCCACCCAACAAUCAGAAAUCUGAGCGUAAAGAACGUGCCCUCUUUGCUGCACCGCUUUCCCCCAUCCCCCAUGUGCAGGACACAAGGCAACCGGAGAGCAUACAGACUGUCGAUGAUGAGAAUGUAGCAGACUUGACUCUGGUUGGAGAGGGAGAUAUCACCAGCCCAAACAGCACGUUGUUGCCACACUCAACCACACCACCCUUUCAUGCAAGUAAUCGUUCAGAAGCCAACUUCUCCUCACCCGCCCUGUGUGCUAACAGUGAGGAGCCCUAUGUUUUCAUCAGAUCCAGCUCAGAGAAUAGGCAAAGGGAAAGUAUGAGGAUUCCUGUAAAUAUCCACAGUGGCUCAACAAUAACGUCAAACACACACAAAGGGAACCUCCCUGUGAACAGAAUCAUUGACGUGGACGCUGUCAAACUGGAGGACACCUCGCUGAAACCCAGCACCGAUCCAGAUUUAAACCUCAGCUUUGAGGGAUACGUUUCUGAACUCAAGUCCUGUCAGGGAAGGAUGAGGACAGGAGUGUACAAGACCUCUGACCUGCCAUCUCUCAUCAGUGUAAAGAAUGACAAAAGCAAGGCUUCGGUGACCAAGUACAAAGACACUUUUGUCUAGAGUUCAAAAGGUUGUGGAGCUUUAUAAGACUGAUGUACUGUUAACUUGACUGUACUUUGGAAUCGUUUUUUUGGAGGAGGGGGUGGGGAGGGUGUAUUUUGUAAAUACAAUUUGUUAUUCCUGUUGCUAAAAUGUGUAAAUUCUACAGAACGCAGUUGGGUUAAAGGUGUUUUUUUUUUUAAUGUAAUGGGUGCAAUUAGUGUAAAGAUUUUUAAAACAAAGCAAACAUUGACUAAAGUGAGGGACGAUUCGUAGAACAAAAAAAGUACAAAUACAAUGUUUUUACUAUAGGUAAUUUAAAAAAGAACGUGUUUAUUUGUGAAAAGUGAGCUUGAAUCACAUGUUUUUAAAGAGACAGUAUUCAUUUGUAACAUUAUAGUUAUUAUGUUAGUUCGUUACUUGGACUGAAAUAUUGGAAGACAGUCAGUCAUAUACACAACCAUACAGUGUAAUUGUAGGGUGAUUCACAAUUGCACCCUAAGAAAAAAAGCAUUACAGUAGAACAUGUAUUUUUCUUUUUGUUUCAGGUUUACAAGUAGACAGUCGUGGUGGACAACUUGUUAAUAAAAUGGAAUAAAUGCAUUAUAAGUGUAUGGUCCCUAAUGUUUGGGCUAACUGUGCACAGAACAUGGUUUGUCUCUUUUAAUUCUGUAUUUUUUAAGUGUAUUUCAUCUACAAUAUGCUUAAUAACAUAUGAUUUAUGAAACAACUUAGUUUUAGUGGAUCUAGAGACAAAGAAAUUCCAGGUACCAGUACUAUUAAAAAAAAAAACAGGCAGAAUUGAGGAGAGAGAGAGAGAGAGAGAGAGAGAGAGAGAGAGAGAGAGAGAGAGAGAGAGAGAGAGAGAGAGAGAGAGAGAGAGAGAGAGAGAGAGAGAGAGAGAGAGAGAGAGAGAGAGAGAGAAUAUUUUCCUUGCACUUUUUACAAAAAGGAAAAUAAGACUGUUUCAAGUAUCAAUUAAGUGAUUUUGCUUUAUUUUCUAUGAUGAAUGCUGGGUUAUUUCUCUAUUGAAGCUUGGAGAGAGAGAAUGAGAGAAUAAUAGAUGGGCUUCAGUGAGUUACUGGAAAAUAAUUCCAUUUAGGGUUUAUGUGACAUCAUAAACUACGAGACCAUAGUUAUUAUUCUACCCAUCAAUUAUUCUAUAUAUACACCCAGGACAAGAACACAGACCAGAUUUUAUAUUUUAUAGUUCUUUUAUUUAAAAAGCCCUUCCCCUCCACAUUUGGUUUCAGGCACACAACACUAUACCAUAAAAUAUGUUUGAGUUUACAGUACAAAACCCCUCCAGGAGAUGUGACUCUGACAACCCCCGCAGGCCUCUACAAUAAUCAAUAAAAACCGGACUGUUACACUACAAAAACACACUCAAAUAUUUGUUUAAAAUGUCAUGCUCAAUUUACCUGAGAACUGGAUCGUGAAUUCAUUUAAGAGUUAACCUUAGUACAUGAAUCAAAGUUAAUGGAUUUUUUUGACUCUCCCCAGAAAACAUUAUUUUUUCUGAAGAAAUAAAAUGUAAUUUAAAAAAAAAAAAAAAAAUUAAACUUUAUUACAAUGAAGAAACUACAUUGCACUGAAAUAUGUACAUGACAAUCCAUUAAAGCAGAUGUUUUCCUUUAUUAAAGGUUACUAUUAAAACACAUUUUUGAGAAGGAACAUGGUAUUCUAAAAAUAAAGGACAUCUCAUUUGCUUAUGUAAUGUCCAUUGCAACACGGCAAUUGUUAUGACAGCACAUAGCUGUUUGUUAUUGUUAUUGGUACAUUUCAUGCCCUUGUCAGUGCCAAUAAACUUGGUGUUCAACCUA